AUGGCCGACACACCACCACCACCGAUCACAUCGGAGGCCAAUGACGAACCGCCUCCCCUAAACAAUGUCCCGUCUGAACCCACGGCCCGCUCUACCGGUAUCUCCUUUGGGCCAGACUUGCGAGGAGACAUCGGAUCUAGCCAGGCCGGCGGUAUUUACAACACCAGAAGCAUCACAAGGGCGUCUUUUGACAGACGAACCGCCGGUGACAUCUCUCAGGAGAAUGGUGGACCUUCCAACAGUAGCGAUGAUGUGGAAGAGGGGGAUGACUGGCGUGACAAGCAUGGCAAAACGAAGCAGGUGUUUAAGGGCACUACACUGUUAUGGCUAGCAUACCAAUCCAUUGGUGUUAUCUACGGAGACAUUGGCACCAGGUAUGAUCGUCAGACGUCUCGGUUGCUGUCCGGUAGCAAUGCUGAUCCCCAGGGGUAG